ACGUACUUCACAUCAUUUCUGUCACCGAUCGAGAAUUUAUACAAAACGCAGCUAGUAAAUAAACUUUUGCCAAAACUCCUACACUUAAAGACAGGCGGUGAUCCCGAAAUCCUGCCGCUUCCUUCACAUCAUUCCUGUCUCAUAUUUACACACAGAGCCGAGCAGCACACCUCAGUGUGUGGUUUUAAUUAAACGCUCUAAUCAUACUCUGAAUAAAGCACGAUGAACAUGGCCUCCGCAUCAAGCGAGAAGAUAUCAGGACCCAAAAAGAAAAGCGAGAAGAAGACUGCGUCCAAAGAGGAGUUCAGAUUAUUGUCCAACAUCAUGGGAGUGAUGAAUAACUUAAGGAAACAGGGAAUCCUGUGUGACGUGAAUCUGGUGGUGCAGGGCAAACACAUCCUGGCACACAGAGUGGUGCUGUCCGCCGCAAGCCACUUCUUCAACCUCAUGUUCACAUCGAGCAUGAUGGAGGCCACCAAUCACGAGGUGGAGCUUGGUGGAGCAGAACCGGAGAUCAUCGAGCUGCUGGUGGAGUUUGUCUACACGGCUCGAAUCUCAGUGAACAGUAAUAAUGUUCAGUCUCUGCUGAACGCCGCUAACCAGUACCAGAUUGAACCGGUCAAGAGAAUGUGUGUGGAUUUCCUGAAGGAGCAGGUGGACCCCACCAACUGUCUGGGCAUCAGCGCAUUGGCCGAGUGUCUGAACUGUCCUGAGCUGAAGGUGGCGGCGGAUGAUUUCAUCCACCAGCACUUCACAGACGUCUACAAGAUGGACGAGUUUCUCCAGCUGGAUGUGAAACAGGUGACGCACCUGCUCCAGCAGGACACGCUGACCGUCCGAGCCGAAGACCAGAUCUACGACGCAGCGGUGCGGUGGCUAAAGUACGACGUCUUGAACCGACAGCAGUACAUCGUAGACAUUCUGGGGAAGGUUCGAUUCCCCCUCGUAUCCAAAAACUUCCUCAGUAAGACCGUUCAAGCAGAACCGCUGAUCCAGGACAACCCCGAGUGCCUUAAAAUGGUCAUCUGUGGGAUGCGUUAUCAUCUUCUGUCUCCAGAGGACCGUGAGGAGCUCGGUGAGAGCAGUCGACCGCGCCGCAAGAAACACGAUUACCGCAUCGCUCUGUUCGGAGGCUCCCAGCCACAGUCCUGCCGCUACUUUAACCCGAAGGAUUACAGUUGGACAGACAUUCGCUGCCCCUUUGAGAAGCGACGGGACGCCGCGUCUGUGUUCUGGGACAAUGUGGUUUAUAUCCUGGGCGGCUCUCAGCUCUUCCCCAUCAAACGGAUGGACUGCUAUAAUGUGGUGAAGGACAGCUGGUACUCCAAACUCGGACCCCCGAACCCGCGGGACAGUCUGGCCGCCUGCGCCUCCAAAGGGAAGAUCUACACCUCCGGAGGGUCAGAAGUGGGAAGUUCAGCUCUGAAUCUGUUCGAGUGCUACGACACGCGUACAGAGACGUGGCAGACGAAGCCUAACAUGCUGAUGCCGCGCUGCAGUCAUGGAUCGGUGGAGGCCAGCGGCCUGAUCUACGUCUGCGGAGGAAGCCUGGGAAACAACGUGUCCGGCAGAGUCCUCAACGACUGCGAGGUGUACGACCCCAACACUGAAGAGUGGAGGGCUCUCUGUGGGAUGCGGGAGGCCCGUAAGAAUCAUGGUCUGGUUGUGGUGAACUCAAGAAUAUACGCCGUCGGCGGGCAGAACACACUCGGCGGUCUGGACUCGGUGGAGUACUACGAGAUCGGCAGUAACGAGUGGAAGAUGGCGUCUCCGAUGCCGUGGCGCGGCGUGACGGUGAAGUGUGCGGCCGUGGGCUCCGUCAUCUACGUGCUGGCCGGGUUUCAGGGGGUCGGCCGUCUGGGGCACAUCAUGGAGUAUUACACCGAGACUGACAAAUGGGUGGUUUCCAGUAAAGUCCGCGCGUUUCCCGUCACCAGCUGCCUCAUCUGUCUGGUGGACACAUGCGGUGCCAACGAAGAGGACAUGAAUUCAACAUCUUCAUCCUCCUCAUCAUCGGCGGAUGGAAGAAUGUAGCGUUGCUAUCUGAGCAUAUAGACGAUAUAAAACCACUGGAAGUCACGGAGCAGAGAACGGACUCAGUCCUCAUUGUGCCAAGUCUGUGUCUUUAGUGCAGAUGUGAAGAGCUUGUGUCGCUCAGAUUGAACCAGUCAGGUUUAAACAUAAUUUUAUUGUUGAAAUAAGACUGCUUUUGUCUUUAUGUCCACCUCUUUGCCAGUUUAUUUUGAUCUUGGAGUUUUAACAGACAACUUGUGGGUGAAAAUAUCCACAGAUGUCCACAGUUCAUUCUUUGGAAACAUUUGUACCUCUGCAUUUAGCAGAUUUGGGGCACUAAAACGCAUUUUAUGUUGGUUUUAUGUUUUAAGUAUUUGUGUUUAUAUUGUGUAAACAAACUUGUAACUUUUAUUUUUUAAAUAACGAUCAUAUUGUCAUUUUGAUGUUGCAGAACUUCAAUAAAACAGACCAGAAACUUU